AUGACUUUAUUAAAUGGAAGAUUGCUGCUUAUUGUAGUAGCAGAGACGGAGACGAUGGGUCAAGUUCAAAGCGAGGCAGCCACAGUGGACCAACAAGGCCACUGGGUCUCCUCUGCUGCACCGUCCGCUUCUCCCUCCUUUUCUUCCAUGGACUCUCUUAUCGCAGAAGCUGCAGCAUAUGGCAAUGAUGGGAAUGAGUCUCUUGAUGCCAAGGCUCAGAAGGCACUGGAAUGCCCUUGCAUAGCUGACUUACGAAGUGGCCCUUGUGGGCUUCAGUUUUCAGAGGCUUUUGUCUGUUAUCUUAAGAGUACGGUGGAAGAAAAGGGAUCAGAUUGCGUGCAUCCAUUUGUAGUUUUGCAGAAGUGUAUUAAAGCUAAUCCUCAUGCCUUUUCGAAGGACGUUUUAGAAGAAGAAGUUAAGAAAGAGGAAAAGAUGACACAGGAUUACAAAAUCUCCCCCCCAAAAUGGUCCAAGGAAUCUCCAAGUCCAAAAUCCAAGCUUUAGGAGAAAGAUAUAAACUUUUUUUUUUUUUUUACCCGCAACAAGCAGUAGUCAUUGAAUUUUUUAUUAUAAAUAAAGUUGGCCUCCACUGGAGAUGCUCAAGCAGGUUUUUGGAAUGA